ACAUUAAAAAGGAAAGAGAAGAACAAGAACGCAGAGAAACAAAGGAUAGAAACGCGUUUGGCUGGCUGCGAUUCAACCAGAUCAUCCCCCACCAUCAUCAGCAUCAGAGCACCAGCUCCAGCAUCGUUCUCUAGAUCGGAGAAGGAUUCAACAGAGAUGGUAAAGGAAACAGAUUACUACGAUGUGUUGGGAGUUAGCCCUUCAGCAACCGAGACGGAGAUCAAGAAGGCUUACUACAUCAAGGCAAGGCAGGUCCAUCCCGAUAAAAACCCUAAUGAUCCCCAAGCAGCACAGAAUUUUCAGGCUCUGGGAGAGGCUUACCAAGUACUUAGUGACCCAACACAGCGCCAAGCUUAUGAUGUGUAUGGAAAGGCAGGCAUUUCGACGGAUGCAAUUAUUGAUCCUGCUGCGAUAUUUGCAAUGCUUUUUGGAAGUGAGCUUUUUGAGGAGUAUAUUGGCCAGCUUGCGAUGGCGUCAAUUGCUUCACUUGACAUUUUCACUGAAGGGGAGCAAUUUGAUGCUAAAAAGCUUGAAGAGAAAAUGAAGGUUUUCCAAAAGGAAAGAGAAGAAAAAUUAGCUGAAAUACUUAAAAAUCGACUCCAUCAAUAUGUUCAACGUGACAAAGAUGGCUUUAUUAGUCAUGCUGAAGCUGAGGUCGCAAGGCUUUCUAAUGCUGCAUAUGGGGUGGACAUGUUGAACACCAUUGGCUAUAUAUAUGCAAGACAAGCAGCAAAGGAACUAGGGAAAAAGGCAAUAUAUCUGGGUGUGCCAUUUGUUGCAGAAUGGUUCAGAAACAAAGGCCAUGUGAUCAAAUCUCAAUUAACCGCUGCGACAGGUGCACUCACUCUUAUUCAACUGCAAGAGGACAUGAAGAAACAGCUCAGUACUCAGGGAAAUUAUACAGAGGAAGAACUCGAGGAGUUUGUGAUGUCAAACAAAAAGCUGAUGGUUGACUCACUGUGGAAACUCAAUGUCGUUGAUAUAGAAGCCACUCUAUCCCGUGUCUGUCAGAUGGUGCUUCAAGAUAACACUGUGAAGCGAGAGGAACUCAAGGCCCGUGCAAAAGGCUUGAAAACUCUGGGAAAAAUCUUUCAGAGGGUCAAGUCAAACAAUGCAAAUGAGAGUGAAACAUCACUGACAGGUGGAGUUCACAAGUUGAAUGGAAAUGAAGGUGGCAAUGACGAUAGCUCUCCUGAUACAUCACCAAAGCCUCCAGUGGAACAGCAAACUUACGGAACUCCUCUGACUACCCAGAGUCCAUAUGUGGAGGCCCCUCAGUUUGCAGGAUCAAACUAUACCUACAACUUCCCCAUGCCCACUGCACCACCCGGCGCCCAGAGGCAUCCAUGAUCAGCAAACUACAUAGGGAAAUUAGGUUGAUGAAUUAUGUAGCUCUUGUCGUGUAUUAUAUUUUUGUGACAUGAUAUCAAGGUAGCUCAUGCUGUCAGGUGCUUUGCUUGUGUUAAUUCAAAUCGUAUAUGUUUUGAUUAGCCCCCACCCCCACCCCCAUUUGUUUUCGGGAUCAUGGUUAGCCUGAUCCAUAGUGUCAUACAGAAAGGCAAUGUGUCUUGAUGUAGUAAAGUAAUUCAUGGUAUUUUGCAUGAGCCAUAAUGCCAUACAUGCCAAGACCCAAUGUUGUACAUGCAGCAGCAGAGGUUCCUCCUUGCAUUAUGUGUUGCCUUGGUUGAGGUUCAUCUUUGUAUGUGAAUUUUUUCUGAGGAACAUAUUACUUUUGUACACACAUUAAUUGUUUCUCAUACACUGCCUGAUGCAUGGAUUAGUGAUGUGUAUUGUUCCCUUGGCAAUUUGUUUGUGAACAA